AUGCUGAUCAAAUCAUCCUUAAUCAAUUUAAUCAUUUUAUUUCUAUUCGUAAUUCAUGUCAUCACUAGUUUAGAACAAUGUAAUUCAAAAGAAACAUGUUCAUCAUGUUUAUCUUUAUCAAACCAAUGUGCUUGGUGUACUCAGAAUUCAACGGAUAUGUCAUCGCGUAAUGGUUCUUUUUUUCACUGCGAUACAAUUGAUAAUCUACAAUUAACGUGUUCGGAUCAUUUGAUUUCAUUUCAAAGUUACCAUUAUGUCUUACAAAAUGAUUCACUUUCCAAUGCGAUUAAUAGUACAUCACAGGCUGUUCAAUUAUCGCCUCAAGCUGUCCAUGUUGUUUUACGAAUUAAUGAUUCGGAAAAAAUUCCGAUAAAAUUUCGUCAAGCGGAAGAUUAUCCAGUAGAUUUGUACUUUCUCAUGGACUUAUCACAUUCUAUGCUUGAUGAUAAAGAAAAACUGAGUUAUCUAGGGCGAAUAUUAGCAACACAGAUGCAAUCGAUUACAAAAAAUUUCCGAUUGGGCUUUGGCUCAUUUGUUGAUAAGAAUGUUCCACCCUUUGUUCAACCAGCACCUAACACCGUUGAGCGUCCAUGUCCAUCUAGUUAUAAUGGACCAUGUGUAAAAGCUUAUGGUUUUAAAAAUCAUAUGAGUUUAUCGGAUAAUGUUGCUGAGUUCGAAUACCAAGUACGCGAAGCACCAGUGUCGGGAAAUAUCGAUGCACCGGAAGGUGGAUUAGAUGCUAUCAUGCAAGCUAUUGUUUGUGAUGAUGUGAUUGGCUGGAGAAAUGAUUCCCGAAAAUUAAUUGUUUUCUCAACAGAUGCUGGUUUUCAUUAUGCCGGCGACGGAAGAUUAGCUGGUAUAAUUGAACCUAAUGAUGGUAAAUGUCAUAUGGCCAACAAUGAAUACACUCAUAGUGAUAAACAAGAUUAUCCAUCUAUUGGUCAGAUAAGUGCGAAAUUGAGUGAAAAAAAUGUGAAUAUUAUCUUUGCGGUAACACAAUCUCAAUUGGCAUUGUACCAAACAUUGACUGAAUUGAUCGAUGGCGCUGUAGUCGGUGAACUAAAACAAGAUUCGAGUAAUAUCGUGAAUUUAAUUAGUCAAAAUUAUCGAAAAAUCUCCUCGUCCGUGAUGAUGAUGAUUUCAAAUGAUUUGCCUGAUGGUUUGGCAGUUAAGUUUACACCUGAUUGUCAAGAAAACAAACGAGAUAAACCUGAAUGUACGGUUAACGUUGGCGGUGUCCUCAACUUCGAAGUAGAAAUUUUGGCCACUAAAUGUGUUAACAAUGGUGCUCCGACGACAUUCUCUAUCUAUACUCAUGGAUUGAAUGAUAAAAUGCGUAUUACAGUUCAAACGAAUUGUACAUGUUCGUGCUCGAAAUUUCCGCGUCAAGUCAAUAGUCCUCAGUGCUCGAAUCAUGGCACAUAUGAGUGUGGUGUUUGUACAUGCGCGAAAGGUUUCUAUGGACGUGAAUGUGAAUGUGAUACAGCUUCGCCAACAGUUGAAUCGAAAAUUCAGCAAUGUAAAAAACCAGGAUCAUCGGAUAUCUGUUCGGGAAGAGGCCAAUGCGUUUGUGGAAGGUGUAAAUGUGAAACAGCGACAAUUGAACCGGGUCAACGUAUCUACGGAGAUUAUUGUGAAUGUGACGAUUUUUCGUGCCCUAGAAAAAAUGAUUUAGUCUGCUCAGGGCCAGAACACGGCUUAUGUGGUUGCGAUAAACGAUGUAAAUGUCGCGAAGAGUGGACAGGAGAUGACUGUUCAUGCACAACAAAAACAGAUGGCUGUCUCGUGAAUAAUACUAUUUGUAACAAUCAAGGUGUUUGUGAAUGUGGUCGAUGCAAAUGUCACAAAGAUUCGGGCUAUCUUGGGCCUACCUGUGAAGAUUGUCCUACAUGUGAACAUCGAUGUACAGCGACGAAAGAUUGCGUUCUUUGUAAAGUAUUUCACAGUGGAUCCUUGUCGGAAGAGCAAUGCGAACAAUGCCCAUAUCGUUUUGAGAUUAUUGAUGACGCUCGAAAAGAUCGAUACCAUCGUUUAUGUCAAUUCGAUGAUGAACAAGACCAAUGUCGUUUCUUUUAUACAUACCAUACUGAAAAAGAUCAACUAGUUCUUCGAGUUCAAAAAACAAAAAAUUGUCGACGCAUUUUAUCUGUUCGUUCUACGAUCAUUAUCAUUGUCUCCAGCAUCUUAGCAUUUGGAUUAUUCUGUUUGAUGGUUUGGCGUAUGUUAGCAACCUUACACGAUCGACGGGAAUUUGCUAAAUUUGAACAAGAACGUGAAAAGGCUAAAUGGGAAACCGAUGUUAAUCCGCUUUAUCGACAAGCAACUGUCAAAUAUCAGAAUCCGACUUACCGCGGCUACAAAUUUAAUGAAAUGCGUUUGAUGGAUCAUCAUGAAAAUCCACAAACUGUCAAACGAGACAAUAGUAACCAUUCAAGUCCAAUACCAACACCAUCGCCGCCACCGAAUAAUCUACGUGUGAACAGUACUGUACGCUUAACAACCAUAUUCGAUACUGUUCGAACGGGAAAAGUGGUGGCUUUUGACAAUGGAUCGAAUUUAGUUACACUACAUAUGAAAGGUUCAAAACCAGGUUUAACAUCUAUUGCUGUUAUUAACCUUAUUCAUUGUCGAGAAUGGACUGUUGUGCAAGAGUCCAACGAUGAAACACUCGAACCACUCUAUCCAAUUGAUAUUAACAAAGUGAAGAAGCGUCAAACAGAAAAUGAAAACGAAAAGAAAAAGGAAGCUUCGUUUGUUAAUCUGAAAGCUAGUCGAAUUGGUCAAGCACUUUUCCGCGAUAUCAAAAAGACAAUGAAUCAAGUGAUUCGCUGGUCAAAUAAUGAUAUUUUGAUCAACAAUACUGUUCGAAUCGUUGAUCCAUAUCGCGCGGAAAAUGUGUCCAUCGAUGCUCCAACUCAAUCAACGAACGCAGCAAAUUCAAAAGCAUCAGCCAAAGGAGACAAUGAUACAAAAACUCAUAUCAUCAAACUGGUGGAAAAAUUUUGGUUAGAUCAAUCAAAAGUUCCUUCAAACACAGAUUCCAAGUCCAAUACACGAACUGAAUCGGCAACGAAAAGUUGA